UUGCACAGGCUUAAUGAUUGUACAGGUCCACUACAUUUAAUUAGUCGAGGGGUCAAAUAAAGAAUUGAAGCAGCUUCAGUUGAGAUAAAUGUGAACAUGGACAGCAGUCCAUAAUAUGUGAGAAAUCCGAAGAAAACCAAAAAGGAGAAAAAAGAAGAAGAAAGCUAAAAUUUGGCACCGCCAUUGCUUAAUCUUUAUUUUCCAAUGAACUUUCUUCUUGGUGGAAAAGAUUUUACGUAGCAACACACAGAGUAGUUGAUCCUGCAGCUGCUGCCUAGCUGUGUCAUAUUUUCCAAUGAAAAAUUUGAUCUAUGUUUACUUCACAUGGCAGCAGUAGAUUUCUUAGAAAGUUCCAGUGCUUCGUCGUUGUACGCCUUGAUAGGCCUAAUGGUGGGUAUUGCAAGAUUACCACCGAUUGUAUGUAUUCCUCUCCAAAACACGAACACCCGGAACCUGUUCGACAAAACUCCCCAAAGACGAAGAAAUCUUCCAGAUUAAUUAAUAAACGAGAUGCAGAGCCUAAAACAUAUAUGAGGGACACCAUCACCAAAAUAUCCAAUAUAUUGCGGUAUUCAACAUGGGAUUCGGCUAAAGACCAGCUAGAGGGGCUUGCUAUAAAGUGGGAUUCUUUCACUGUUAAUCAAGCUCUCAAGACCCAUCCACCAAUGGAGAAGACUUGGUUGUUUUUCAAUUGGGCCGCCGGGCUAAAAGGGUUUAAGCACGAUCGUUUUACUUAUACGACUAUGCUGGACAUUUUCGGGGAAGCCGGGAGGAUGUCAUCAAUGAAGUAUGUAUUUCAGCAAAUGCAGGAAAAGGGAAUAAAGAUUGAUGUGGUUACUUAUACCUCUCUUUUACAUUGGCUGUCUAAUGAUGGGGACGUGGAUGGGGCAAUUAACUUGUGGCUGGAGAUGAGAGCAAAAGGAUGUCAUCCAACAGUGGUGUCCUACACUGCAUAUAUGAAGAUCUUGUUUGAUCACAACAGAGCUAAGGAAGGCGUCGAGGUAUACAAGGAGAUGCUUCAAGCUGGUUGUAAGCCCAACUGUCACACAUAUACGGUUCUGAUGGAACAUCUUGCCAAUGCUGGGAGAUUCAAAGAAGUUAUGGAGAUCUUUAGCAACAUGCAGAAAGCAGGGGUACCACCUGACAAAGCUACUUGCAAUAUUUUGGUUCGAAAAUGUUGCAGUGCAAAAAACAUAGAGACAAUGCAGCAAAUCCUCCAGUACAUGAGAGAAAAGGCUCUUGUCCUUCGUAUUGGUGUUUAUCGUGAAGCUCUUGAAACUUUGAUGGCUGCUGGAGAGAAUGAUAUGCUCCUUAAACAAGUUAAUAACCAUUUAUCUGUGGAAAACAUUGAAAAUGUAGAGAACAAUAAAUUUGUAGGUUUCACUGGGGACAAUAUAUCUUCUCUGGAUAGAGCACUUGUUUUGCACUUAUCAAGCAAGCAAAAUCUUGUAGCUAUUGACUGCUUGCUAGCUGACUUGAGAGGCAAGAGUAUCAAAUUGGACUCUGGAGUAAUUUCCUUGAUUAUAGAAGUAAAUUGCUCUCAUUGCAGACAGGUUGGAGCUUUGACAGCAUUAGAAUACAGUGUAGAACUAGACAUAGAAGUUGAAAGAACUGCAUAUCUAGUUUUAUUAGGUUUACUUAUUAGAACAAAUUCCCUUGCAAAUGUUGUGGAUGUUGUUUAUGUAAUGGCUAGAACAGGAGUAUCCCUUGGUACUCACCUAAGUGCUCUGGUUAUAUAUCGUCUUGGCUGUGCCAGAGAGCUUGGUUGUGCUGUAAAAGUAUUUGGUUUAUUGCCUGAUGAACAAAGAAGUACUACUACAUAUACUGCACUAAUUGCUGCCUACUUCUCCGCUGGUGAUGUUGACAAGGGGCUGAAAGCCUUUGAAACCAUGAAAAGGCUGCAAAUUAAUGUUGCACUGGGGACAUACCGUGUGCUCAUAACUGGCCUUGAAAAAAGUGGCCAAGUUCACAAGUUGGACACUUAUAGGAAGGAGAAGAAAAUCCUGCAGGGCAGAAGCUGUCCCCAAGACGUUUCAAGUGAGGAAAUGAUAUGUAACCUUCUAUUUGCUGGUGAUUUUCUAGUUUGACAUGGAGGAAAACCAAAUAGAUGGUCUGAAUGUUACGACUUUAAUGGAGCAUUGAGUUUAUCUA